UAAAAAGACAAAAGGACCAAAUAAGGAAAAAACUUAGCUGAUAACCUGUCAAUAGGCAUAAAAACAAGUGUCUCAAUGCUGCGACAUGCUUCAAGAAACUAUACAACUCGUCAAGAAGACGAUAGACAGGAUACAAAUAAUGAACAUGCUCAUUUUUGGGAACCCCCUCCUCCUUCUUCUUCAGAUAAAUUAGAUUCAUCAAAAAGAGUAGAUCGAGAUUUUGAAAUAUUGCUAGAGACUCUAUUUGAUGAAUCACUUAAUACCAGAGACCCAUUUGUUCCUUCAUCCAUUGAACCACCAAAGAGAAUUAGACAAAAUGAAUCCAUUAUAGAGAAAAAACUACUGGAUCUUGUCAAGAAUAAGGUUUAUAAACCCAAAGCACCACUCCCAAAGAGUAUAUUUUCAACAGUACAACAUUCGACAAAGUACGAAACAAAGCAAAAGAAGCCAAGUGGUAGUAUUUUGGAUGAAAUAGAGCCCUUUGAUUACAAUUGGUAUAAAGAUAAAGUGACAAAUGAUAUACGUAUCAAGAAUAAGGAAAAGGAACUACAGCUGAUAAAUGCUAUUGCUGAAUCUGAAUCAAUAUACGAGCCAUUAACUGUCUUGUUUGAUCAAAUCAAUCAAGAGACUUACCCAGACUAUUAUCACAGAGUUAUAAAGGCAGCCAUUGAUUAUACAUCAAAAAAGGAUCCUUAUUUGACAUUGUCAAUAUUUGAACAAGUCAAGGAAAAGAGUAUCAAGAGUUACGUAAGUGGAUGCACAGCUGAUGUUUAUAAUGCAAUACUUUUGUUAAGAUGGGAGACAUGGAAAGAUGUUUAUGGAAUGCUAGAUUUAUUAGAAGAGAUGUCAUCAAAUGGUAUUGCAGUCAACAAUGAGACUAGGAAUAUUGUAAGAAUGGCUGUGAAUGAAGUAGAGCAAGAAGAGCAACUGAGUGAUGACUAUCAAGGCAUCUACUGGAAUAUAGAAGAAAAAAGAGCCUGUAAUAUCAUGAAGGAAAUGGCAAACAAAUGGUUAAUUCAUUAAAUUAUUGAUUGGUGUUUGACAAUAAAUCCGACAAAAAAAGUUGUCAAUUCACUUGACUGUUUAUGGGGUGCGUCAGUCAAAUUUGACAUUUUUUUCUUAUUUCUUUCUUUC